GCUGUGUGCGAGGUGAAAGUACAUCAGCGCCGGGAAAAUUAGCCUAGGGGGCACUUCCGAGCCGGCUCCAGAGCCGAGAGACAAAGAGAAGGGAGGACAUGAGCGAAAGGAAAGGGAGAGGGCAGGGGAGCAGCUGAGCGAAAGCGAGCGAGGGCAGCGCGGCCAGGUCCCCCCCGCUCGGCCAGAAGACAAAGAAGCGGCCGGCAAAUGGGGAAAGGGGGGGAGAAAAGCGAGGAGUCGGGGGAGUGCAAGGCGCAGAUCCCCCUCUACACCUGGGAGGAGAUCCAGAAGCACAACCUGAGGACGGACAAGUGGCUGGUGAUAGAGCGCAAGGUGUACAAUGUCACCCAGUGGGCUCACAGGCACCCGGGGGGCCACCGAGUCAUCAGCCACUGCGCCGGGGAAGAUGCCACGGAUGCAUUCCAGGCCUUCCAUAUCAAUCCCACCUUGGUGCAAAAGUUUCUCAAGCCGUUAUUGAUCGGAGAGCUUGCUCCAGGGGAACCCAGCCAAGAUCGAGAUAAAAAUCCCCAGCUGGUGGAGGAUUUCCGGACCCUGAGGAAGACAGCAGAGGACAUGAAUUUAUUCAGAGCAAGUCCUUUGUUCUUCCUACUUUACUUGGCUCAUAUCAUUGCACUGGAAGCUUUGGCUUGGCUAAUGGUUUCAUACUUCGGCACCGGCUGGAUCACAACUCUCCUCCUUGCGUUCAUCCUUGCAACUUCUCAGGCCCAGGCAGGGUGGCUGCAACAUGACUUUGGACACCUGUCUGUCUUCAAGAAGUCUUCCUGGAACCACCUCGUCCACAAGUUUGUGAUUGGACACCUGAAGGGUGCCUCUGCCAACUGGUGGAACCAUCGUCACUUCCAACACCAUGCCAAGCCCAACAUAUUCAAGAAAGACCCAGAUGUGAACAUGCUGCAUGUUUUUGUCCUUGGAGAUACACAGCCUGUUGAGUAUGGCAAGAAGAAGCUGAAGUACCUGCCUUACAACCACCAGCAUGAGUACUUCUUCUUCAUCUUCCCACCUCUGCUCAUCCCCGUGUAUUUCCAAAUCCAAAUCAUCUCAACCAUGAUCAAGCGCAGGUUCUGGGCGGACCUAGCCUGGGCCUUCAGCUACUACAUGCGCUAUUUCAUCACAUACAUCCCAUUCUAUGGCGUUCUGGGAUCCCUGUCUCUCCUCACUUUUGUCAGGUUUCUGGAGAGUCACUGGUUUGUGUGGGUCACCCAGAUGAAUCACAUUCCAAUGGAAAUUGAUUCUGAGAAACACAAAGAUUGGCUCAGCUCCCAGCUGGCAGCCACUUGCAACAUCGAGCAGUCCUUUUUCAACGACUGGUUCACCGGGCACCUGAAUUUUCAAAUUGAGCACCACCUGUUUCCAACAAUGCCACGGCACAAUUUCUGGAAAGUCAAACCUUUGGUGAAGUCAUUAUGUGCCAAGUAUGGAGUCCAAUACGAAGAGAAGCCUCUUGGAAAAGCAUUUGUAGACAUAGUUGGGUCCCUAAAGAAAUCUGGAGAUCUAUGGCUGGACGCUUACCUCCAUAAGUGAACAUGAAGCUUAAUGGGGGGUGUGAGUGACCGGGAGGGCUGGGGUGGGUGGUGAGGGGGGGAAUCACGCGUGUCUUUUACUGCUAGAUUUCAGUCUGUAUCUACGUGCACAGUUUGAGUGGAGUUUCCUGUCUUGUGAACUGCUACUGGUAUGAGCUCAGGCAGCUAGAUAAACCCAGACAGAUUUAAAACGUGCUCGGCAUAGUCUUCAGAGGAUGAGACCCAGUGCCUGCAUUGCACAGAAUGGAAGGCUGGGGUAGAUUGGAGAGGAGGAUCUAAAAAGGGGGCAUUUACCGUCUGCCCUCCACCUUCUCUUCAUUAAAGAUUCAUUCUAGCUCUACCUAGAACACACAAGCCCUGACUUACAGGCACAUAUGACUUGUUAGGUGUCACCUCGUGCCUUUUUUUAAUCCGUGCUUGUGCAAAAGAGGCACUCAGAAGAGUUUCACUUCAAAAUAACAGAGUCUGUGCUCACCACCACAACAGGAGCUCAGGGGGGCUGUGCUCCCUGCCAGCUCUGCCCGCAGGAAUCACACUCCGUGGGGACCAGCAGCUGCUGUAUGGUGCGGCUUUCAGUCCUGCUCUGAGCCCUACUGUGCCUUUGUUGGUUUCUCUGUUUCCUCUCCUGCCUUUCUUUCUCUAAUCAUAGCAGCACUUCAGUAAAAGCUGUGAUAUUGACCCUGAACCAUUAACGUCUCAGCACCUUUCGGUCAGGGUGCUUAAUACAGGACUGUGUCUGUAUUUUUAUCACUAGCCCUAUUUGUAAGUUCCCAUGAAAAACCUCUGGGUUUACGUGGUAUAAUAUCUCCUUUUGGUAGAGGGUCUAUUUUCUUCCUUUAAUGAGCACCAGGCCUAGCAGAGCAUUAUAAUUGUCAGUAACUUACUCAUAAACAAUCAAACUGGAAAUAAGACAAAACUUAUUGAUUGCACCAAUGCUCCAGGGGAACACAAAUGGUCUUUUCACCUGCAAGAGCAGCUGGGCAGCGUACUUCAACACCCAAUUCUGCCUGUCUGCACCUGCCUGACAUACACCAAGACUGCUUCUGCUGGUCAGAGGCCAGGACUGUGUGUCCUCGUCCUGAGACCAAGAAGGAGCUCCCCAACCACUCGACCUGCUCCCCCAGGCCCUCUGGGGAGGUGGAUGAAAACAGAAUUGACCAGGCUGUGUUGGUGAUGCAGGGAUACAUUAAUUAUUUGCACAGAUCAUUAUUUUAUUCAAUCCUGAAUCUCGAUUCUCACUAUCAAGUCCUUCAAUGCUAAUAAAGCCCCAGGGAAUCAGCAAGGUUCUGCACACACAGAGACAACUCCAGGGCUGUGGCCAGACACCUCCAAAACCACAUUCUCACCUCCCACUUUGGAGAUCGAGAUGAGAUUCCUGUGCUUACAGAAAGGAAACUCGUAGGUAGGACUGCAACUUAACCCAGCUCCUAAUACUCGAGGUGUGUCAAGGGCUUACCUUCAUGUUCUUGUCACCCCUCACUUGAGUAUCACCACGACUAGUUAGCACAAAACCUUGCUGGUGUCUAAAGCUUGAACAGAAUUUGAGGAUUUUUUAUACUUCUUUCUAACACCAUACACAGUCACGUCCUGCUGGAUGCUGUAACCUCUCAGCCAGGCAGUAGCAGGCAGUUGUGGUUAGCUUAAUUAAGGCUGCCUUACCAUGUCCAUUUGUUUCUGACUCCUUGAAUGCCUCUCACUGCCUCUACCACAAACACGCUGUCUCGCCAGCGGUGCAAUCUUUUAAACACUCAGCUUAUUUUUCUGAUAGCUUGUACUUUUUUUUUUGCUCAUUCGGUUCUUGUUUCCAAAGCAGAUGUUUCCUGAGUAGAGAUGCCUCUUCCUCCUUAGCUCUGUCCUCUCUUGUCUAUCUUGCCUUUCGUCUUGGGGAAACCUUUAGCUCUUUUAUACCUACAAACCUUCCUGCAGGGAAUUUGUACCUCUGCCUAGGUAAAUAGCGCUGCUUUAGCAGCUUGGCUUCUGACCUGCCUGCUGGAAGGACUGUUUUUCUCCUAAAAAUCCAAAGUGCUUCCAACCCAACAGCCUGGCCUAACAGUGCCUAGCAGACAGCAGCUACAACUGAUGACGGCUGAAAGAACCUGAGAGGUUCUAGGAGAGCAACCAUGCUGCAAGUCUACAGAAGAAAAAUUUGCCUAAGGAAAAACCUUAGGCAAAUGGACUUCCCCCACCCCUACCCCCCAAGACCUUAGGGCAAGGUACAAAAGAGAAGAAAGGAGGGACAGGAUAGAUCUUGAUACUAGCUCUUCUCCCUGCUACUUGAUUUUUUCAGACAUUCAAAAAUUCCCUUUUCAUAAAAAAUUGUUCAGUUGCUCAAAUCCAGAAAUAAAAAUAAUAAUAAAAACUAAAAGUGUAAUGUUAUAGUCAGAAGUGACUUCCAAGUCUCAUGCACUGUUCUUGCUGUUGCAAGAUAAAAGGAUCUGCUCUGCAAAGAACAGGUCACCAACACUUUUUAACCAGCAGUUUGUGCUUUUAUUCAUUGUACUUAUAUGUUCAGAAAGUUUGCCUUGUGAAAACAUAAGAAGCCGGUGACUAUUUCAGGCAAAGCUUCUCUGGCAGCAUUACUCAUGCAGUUUCUUCCCCUCCCUCCAAAAAAAUCUCAGACAAUAUCAUAGAAGUCAAACUGUUACAUAUGCACCUUGAUGUACAAGUUCUCCAUCUAUUAAUCAGAUCAAACAGACCCCUGAACAAAACAAAACAAAAAAAAGGAAAUCAGUGGAAAUCUGCCUUGUUAAAAUUGUAAGUAGCACUAUAAAAUCUGAGCUACAGCUGUUCAAGAAGUUUUGCUAAAACUGCAAACUUGGGCCGUGGAUGGAUGUAAACUUCACGUGGCCUUGCAUGGCUUUGUCCCCAGGGCAAAAUGCAGCCCUCCUGGGUGAGCUUCCCUUUGCAGUUUCCAAUCAGCCAUCAAAAUUAUAUAAGCACUGAAAUUCAAGCACGGUUUUGCUCCAGCUGAGCCCUAAAACUAAGUAGUUUCUCUGAAAAUGAAUGUGAUUUCAUUUCUGUCUUUAAAAACCUGCAAAGACUUGCAGAUAAACUCAUCUGAGCCACGUCGCUGGCUGCAGGAGCACUUGCCAGCAUACAGAAGCUGUGAGUCAGAAACAACGGCUUGUCUCAGGUCCAGUAACGCAACAAUAGUCAGGAAAUGACUGACUGUGCUUCUCUUCAGUCGCUUGUUAGCAGGGCCUGGCACACAGGCUGGAGCACCAGCACGUUCAGAGAGGGUUGGAGGAGAAAGGCAUUAACUACAGCAAGUGCAGGGAAGGCAACAGAAAGCUCCAGGCAGGAGAGAUAUGGGCAUGUAUUUUGGAAGGAGUAGGAUGGAGUUGGGAGAAACGUGGCUAAGCUUGCUUAAAACUGUGACCUAGAUCUUCAGCAAACAGAAAUUAAUUCUAGCCAAGGCCAUGGGUCAGCGCCAGCUCUGUGAACUAACAAGGAAUGUAGCCCCAUGUUUUCAGGGAGAGGCAACAGUGGGAAUGAGGGUACUCACACUGAGAUUUUCCUUUAAGCAAGAAUUAGAGGAGUCUAACAUCCUGACUUUUUACUGAAAAAAAUCUUGGGAGGCUCGGAGCACCAGCAGAGCCUCCUCAGGACACAGCUUCAGGCCCCAUCUCCUUGUUACAGGGGAUGUAAAGGAUGCAUUCUCUUUUCCGAUCACCCUGACUGAAUUUUAGCUCUUCAUUAGGGCCAAGACAUCCUUUUCUAUCUGUAAAAAUGACCAUGGUCCAGCCGUGGCCUCUUCCAGUAGAUGCUUUCCUUGGAAAGCCUUCCUAACAUCUCAAAUGUUCUUUAGAAGUUGUUAAAAAAAA